AUGAUUGAUAAUUCAUCACAAAUACUAAUUACAAAUUCUAAUUCUAAUAUGAAUAUUGAACAAAUACCUAUGGAUAUUGAAAUGAUUGAAAUAUCAAUGUCAUGUGAUAUGUCACAAUUUCAUACAUCAAAGCAAAAGGAUGAUAGUAAUAUUUUUAACGAUGUUAAAUCCCAUUCAACAAGUUUAACAUCAAUCAAUACAGCAUCAAUUUUGGAACGUACACGUCCGAUUGAAAAAAGUACUAAUAUUACUCAACGAAUAACAAAUAUUAUUGAUCAAGAUGAAAUGUAUAAAGGUGAUAAGAAAAAUUUAAUUGAUAAUGAUGAUAACACAAAACGAUCAACAUAUCUGAAUUAUGAUUUAAAAUAUGAGCAAAAUAUUGUUAAUGAUGAUUUACGUAUAAUGUCAAUGGAUCUAAAAUCAUCAUCAUGUCAAUCAAAUAUUAUAAUGGAUAUUAGCGAGAAACGUGGAAAAGUGACAAGUACAAAAUUUCCAAGUCAAAAAGCACUCGAUGAAUUAGAUGAACAAGAAUAUACCAGAAUAUGUCAUUCAAUAAAUACUAAAGAGAAAAGUGAUGAUGAAGUGACAGAUUAUGACAUUUACGAUCUAUCAUCAUCCAAUGAACCAAUUGAUCCAAAUGAAAAGCCACAUAAAAAAAUUCCACUAUGGGCUAAAGAAGAAAAUGUACAAGAAAUGCUGAAAAAACAACAAAUAUGGUCUUUUACUGAUAUUAAUACUUUAUUUGGUAAAAUUCAUCCACCUGAUAUGCAAAAAAUGUUUAAUGAUAAGAUACGAUUAUUAACACGUAGUUCAUCAGCAAUAUGGGAAUCACCAAUUUGGAAUCCACGUGUUGGUUAUAGUGCUUAUGAUAAUACUAAUAAUACAUUUCAACAAAAUGAUAAAAAUGAAUGUAAUAUUCGACGAUCACAACGUGUGAAGAAACCUGUCUCAUAUAUUACAUAUUUUUAA